CACUCUUAGGUCUGGUCUUCGCACUUCUGUGAACAAAGAUGAAGAGCAUGCACCUGAAGUUCUUCACCUUGGUGUUUUUGGGUCUUUGCUCCUCUGGAGUGACUGACACCGAUGCAGACACUGACGGAGAAAUGGAAGACACGGAAGGGACCGAUUUAGUCACCGAAGACGCUGAUGAAGACACCGAGGGCACCGAUGGAGACACCGGCGACGCUGGUGAAGACACCAAGGACACUGAUGGAGACACCGAAGACGCUGAUGGAGACAAUGAGGGCACCGAUGGAGACACCGAGGACGCAAAUGGAGACAACAAGGACACUGAUGGAGACACCGAGGGCACCGAUGGAGACACCGGAGACGCUAAUGGAGACACCGAGGGCACCGAUGGAGACACCGGAGACGCUGAUGAAGACACCGAGGGCACCGAUGGAGACACCGGAGACGCUAAUGGAGACACCGAGGGCACCGAUGGAGACACCGAAGACGCUGAUGGAGACAAUGAGGGCACCGAUGGAGACACCGAGGACGCAAAUGGAGACAACGAGGACGCAAAUGGAGACACCGAGGGCACCGGUGGAGACACCGGAGACGCUAAUGGAGACACCAAGGGCACCGAUGGAGACACCCGAGACGCUGAUGUGUCGUCAACAGGAGCAACAGAAAAGAGAGGACAAGAUGCUGAGGACCUCGAAAAUCUCGUAAGGACCUCAAUUGAAAUGAAAAGAGGAAGAGGCGCUAGUGCUGAUGAGCUAUCCUUUCAGAGCCGCCGUCAAAAUAGCGUUGUACCAGGCGACUCACAGAAGAUCAUCUUCCCCGGUCCAAGAAGCAUUGAUGACUAUGCCAGGAUGGAGACCACAUUGUCUGAGGACUUAACCAGCUUUACCCUCUGUGUGCACAUGCGCUCCAACUUGGUCUCCAGCAUGAUCAGCUUGGUCAGCUACGCAGUGCCAGAACACAGCAACGAGCUGCUCUUUUAUGGAUUUAAGGGUGGAUUUACAUUACACAUCCAAAGCAAAAUCCAAAUGGCAGACCUACCAGUUUGGGACGGUGAGUGGCACACCAUAUGUACUACCUGGCGCAGCAGUGAUGGAGCCUGGCAGCUGUACGCUGACGGCGUGCUGAGGGAUUCGGGUUCCGGGUUCAAAGUGGGAGGAAGAGUGCGCAGAGGCGGAACAUGGAUCCUCGGUCAGGACCAAGACGAAGUCGGGGGAGGAUUUAACGCAAAACAGGCCUUCACCGGAGAGCUGUCGGAAGUGAACCUAUGGGACCGCGUGCUGUCUCCAGCAGAAAUAGCAGCGGACUGUAGUUACCAUGGCAACGUGAUUGACUGGGAUACAACUAACAUUGCAGUCUUCGGACAGACCAGCAGGGCUGAGUAUCAUCAAUGCGGCAUAUAUUUUAAAAUCUUUUGGCUCAUGUCAUUUUUUUGCAUUCAGUUACACAUCCAAAGCAAAAUCCAAAUGGCAGACCUACCAGUUUGGGACGGUGAGUGGCACACCAUAUGUACUACCUGGCGCAGCAGUGAUGGAGCCUGGCAGCUGUACGCUGACGGCGUGCUGAGGGAUUCGGGUUCCGGGUUGAAAGUGGGAGGAAGGGUGCGCAGAGGCGGAACAUGGAUCCUCGGUCAGGACCAAGACGAAGUCGGGGGAGGAUUUAACGCAGAACAGGCCUUCACCGGAGAACUGUCUGGAGUGAACCUCUGGGACCGCGUGCUGUCUCCAGCAGAAAUAGCAGCGGACUGUAGUUACCAUGGCAACGUGAUUGACUGGGAUACAACUAACAUUGCAGUCUUCGGACAGACCAGCAGGGCUGAGUAUCAUCAAUGCGCACGUGCACGCGCACCUGUAUCAGAAUUGUCAGCUUCCACCACCUGCAGCAACGACUACAUGGAACUGUCGAUUCCGGAGGAUCAGCUGACCGACAUCGACCUGAACAACCUUCACUGGAGGCCUGACCGGAACUGUGGCGCCACGACUAACGGUACUCACUACCUGUUCCGUACAGAGCUGUACGACUGUGGAACAGAGGUGACCUUCGGCGCGAAGUACGUGACGUUCCUGAACACCAUCGACAUCGUGGGCACCCACCUGAGCAGCGGGGUCAUCACCCGGGAGGGCAACAUCUGGAUCACAUCCAAAUGUAACUACGAGCGUAAGGAGUGGGUGGACUCGACCUUCCUGCCCAUCCCGGGCGGACUGAACUUCACGGAGGAGGGGUUCGGUCAGCUGGAGGUCCGGCUCUCCAUGUUCCCCACCCGGCAGUACCAGAGGCAGUACCGGGCGGACCAGUACCCCAUCCACCUCAGGCUGCGUCAGCACGUCUACAUGCAGCUGGAGGUACAGGGACACGGGCAGAAACUCUCCGUACUGGCGCUGAACUGUAAGGCCACCAUGUCACCUUCACUCAACGACAGCCUGCAGGAUCAACUCAUCAGGGACGGCUGUGCCUCUGACCCCACGCUGAAGACCUACGACGUUGACGACCCCGGCAAGGAGCGGUUCGGUUUCGAGGCGUUCCGCUUCAUCCGGGAGGUGAGGACGGUGUACGUGCACUGUGAGGUGCUGGUCUGUGACGCCGCUGAUGCUGGAUCCCGAUGUGCACAGGGCUGUGUCAGGAGGGGCAAAAGAGCUGCCGGAGAGGUCGACAUGAGGGGACGUCACAUGAUCUACCAGGGACCAAUCGUUCUGGAUGAUGACAAAGAAGCUGAACACGCUGUGCGCCUGGUGGAUGACCAGGAGACUGGCCCUGCACGCCGCGGUGCACCCUGGGCGAUGCUGGCUGCCGGCUGUGUCCUGGCGGCGCUCGCCCUUGUCGUGCUGGGCGCGGCCAUCGUGCAGAAGCGCUCCCGCAGGGGGGAGUGGGCCUAUCACGGUCUGAAGGACGGAGAGUAGAGUAGGCGAUCUGAAAACCACAUGCUAGCCAGGCUGACGUCAUGUUUACAGUUAACACCCCUAACGUCAAGAUGUAGCUUAUGUGUGGUUUGCGCCUUGCCUUCAAUUUUGGAUACAGUCACCAGUUUCAUUAUAAGAGCAUGUCAGGCAACGUUUUGGAUGAUCUACAUUUUCAUGUUUUCCUUUCAAAAAACAAAUGACAAUAUCUUAUAAAUAUCAUACCACCAAUUUGAAAUAAUUGUUAGUAUAGUAACAUAAACCACAUAAAGUCUCUCGAUUUUAGACCACAUUCACAACGUGGUAUGUAUGCCAGUGUUUACGAAAUAUUGCGCACUAUCCCUUGAAAUGUUACAAAUUUUCCCUACUUUGGGCCACACAAAAAAAGUUGCAUCUGUAAACGAUUAUGCCAAUUCUUGUGAAUUGGUGUGGACCUACACCUAAAGCUGAAACUUAUAAUCAAACACGUUCAAACAUUGAUACAACCAAUGAUCAUCCAAGACGUUUGCUCGUGAUGUUUUUUUUUAGC